AUGUCCAAACCCCUUCUUAAUUCAACACGCAAGUUGUUUUCAACAAGUUUACCAUUAUUCUUGAAUGGUACUAAAGAGCCCCUAUUCAAUAAUAGAUAUAAUUUUAUAUCUAUAAAAAGGGGGGAAAGUGAUAUUGAUCUUAACAGAUUGACUCUCCAAUGCAAUUGUUUUUUAGAUGAAUUGGAUAAAAAGUCAGGGUUUUCAGUUGAGCGACUAAAUUUGCUACAACACCAAGAAAAAUAUGAAAAGGAUGAAUCGGUAAUUACUAGUCAAAUUCCAUUCUAUAAUAAGCAUCUAUUGCUACUUACUCCGCCAAAUUCAUAUAAUUAUUGGAACUCUAGGAUUGAAUCAGAUUCUAACUGGCCAUAUUCUUCAAUUGGUCACCUAAAGCAAAAGUUAUUGAAAAGUGGCGUUCUAGGCAAAGGUUUAUUGAUUAACGCUAUUUCGAUGGAAAACUAUGACAAUAUUCCCUCGAUUGAUUUUAAAGAAUAUGCUAAUUUUUUAUCUAUUCCUGAGAUGAAACUAUACUCUAUCAACGUAUCUCAACUUGAUUCAUUUGACAACUUUUUAAUAAAACAAUAUAAAAAAAUUGGCCAAGCUACUGAUAUUGAUUCCAAAGUUUAUAAUCCAUUCAUUAUUGAGAAGAAGGAGGUAAUUGGAAACAAAGAUAAUACUCUGGAUAACCCUGAUAUUCAAUUUAAAGUUGGUCAUUUCAACCUAAAUAAGGGGUUGAUUUUAGUUUGUGGGCAUAAAAAAAGGGAUUCGAGAUGUGGUUACAUAGCACCAUAUAUUAUCGACGAAUUAAAAAGGUCAGACUUAAAUAAUUAUCACAUUGGUGUUAUUUCACAUAUUGGUGGUCAUAAAUAUGCUGGCAACUUAAUAAUUUACAAGUUUAACAAUUUUAGUAUUACUAAGAAUAGUAAUCCUAAUAUUGAUGGCAUUUGGCUUAAACAAGUAUAUCCUCAAUUCAUUAAAACUAUUAUUGACAAUAUUGAACAAAAUAAUAUUAUUAAGGAAUUAUAUAGAGGAUUAUAUACCUCCUAUAAAUAG